UCAAUCCAUCUUCUUUAUUAUACACAUAUCCAAAUAGAUGAAGUUCGUAACGGGACUUAUCGCCAACUGUUUCAUCCGGAUCAGAUUGUGAGUGGUAAAGAGGAUGCGGCGAAUAACUAUGCACGGGGAUACUUCAGUGUAGGUCGAGAAAUAGCCGACCUCGUGUUAAAUCAACUUCGGAAAUUAGCCGAAGUUUGUGAGGGAAUACAAGGAUUCUUUUUCUUCAACUCACUUGGCGGGGGCACCGGAUCAGGAUUGACAGCCCACCUGAUUGAACGGAUGAGUUUGGACUACGGGAAGAAGUCAAAAUUUCAAUUUGUCAUCUAUCCAUCAGCUCUGAUUGCAUCUGCAGUAGUGGAGCCGUACAACGCAUUACUGACAACACACACCACACUGGAACAUACAGAUUGCUCAUUUCUUGUGGACAAUGAAGCCAUUUAUACUAUGUGCCGAACCAACCUCGAUUUGGAACGGCCAACCUACACUAACUUGAACAGACUGAUUGCCCAAGUGGUCAGCUCCACCACUGCCUCACUCCGAUUCCCCGGAUGUUUGAAUGUCAAUCUGCCGGAAUUUCAAACCAACUUGGUUCCCUAUCCGCGAAUCCAUUUCCCACUGAUCGCCUACGCACCAAUGUACCCAGCUAAAGAGCAAUUUCAUCGUGAACAAUCCGGCAUCGAAAUAACCUUGCGCUGCUUUCGUCCACAGGCACUUAUGGUAACCUGUAAUCCAAGACAUGGAAAAUAUAUGUCUUGCUGUCUUCUUUACAGAGGAAAUUUGAGUGGUCACGAGGUUCAAGAAGCUGUGCGGGAUGUAAAAAGCCGUCGUUAUAUCAAAUUUGUCGAUUGGUGUCCAUCCGGUUUUAAAGUUGGAAUUAAUGCGCAGCCACCUACCAUGGUUCCCGGUGGGGAUUUAGCCAGAGUUACCCGAGCCGCUUGCAUGAUAAGCAAUUCAACAUCAAUCGCCGAAGCAUGGACCCGAUUAAAUCAUAAAUUUGACUGUAUGUACGCCAAAAGAUCAUUCGUACACUGGUAUGUGGCUGAAGGGAUGGAGGAAAACGAAUUCAGUGAGACAAAAGAAGAUUUGAUUGCACUAGAAAAAGAUUAUGAAGAAGUUGGCGUGGAUACAGUUCCAGGAUGA